GUCCUUCCUUUUCACGAUUUUCACUCAUCCGCAACACUUUCAAUUGGUUAAAUGACUUUUGUCGUGGGCGGAAUCAAACCUGACGUUGACCGCUUAGAAAAGAUCAUUACGCCCGGCUUGGAUGCCCUAUUUACUUCGCUUCAGCUGCCUAGACUUUGUACCACCUGGAGAGCCUCGUUGAUUUUUCUCUCCCAUUCGGAUUCAAUUUCUUCUUUCUGAAAUAUUGUUGCACUCUUGCCACGCCGUCAAGGAUUCCUUCUUGCAUAGCCAAUUUCAAUUGACGAUGGACGGCAUCGCGGGACCAUCAGUUGACCAGCUCAAUGCUCCAUAUGCGGAGAGAUGGGGGCUGUUGAAGGAGGUUAUGGUCCGACUGUUCCUGGAAGAAGGGAAGAAAUACAAGGAGAUUGUCAAAAUCAUGGAAAUAGAAUACAAAUUCUAUGCGACAGAAAACCAAUACAAGCGUCAAUUCGGUGCUUGGAAUGUGAAGAAAGCCCUGCCCACGAAGAAAAAGAUCAAGAUUAGUAAGGAGAUGGAAACAAGAGCCCAGCAAGGCAAAGCUUCUAUGUUGCUGUACAAUGAUAAGAUGGAGAACCAGAAGAUCCGAAGGUAUAUGAAAAAACAAGGAAGACGGGAUAUAUCCAUAUGGACGAGUGGAGCUGUUGACAUUGAGAACUUGACUGGACAUGCACUACAGACUGGCAACAGAGUAUUCAUGAAUUGGAAUUUACCUUCUGCUGUCUUGCGCUUCUUGAACUCGAAAGCGAAGGAUCACAUUUCGCCUAAUCCUUCAGUUGGAACUCCAAUGAGCGGUGUCUUGGUAGCGACACCUUCGUCCAACUCUGGACCGUCUCCUAGAAACCCUUCGUCCCCUAGCGACGCCCUGUCACCAGACCAAGAACGAUCUGCCAUGACAGCUACAGUCAAAGAGAGUCUAAAAGUUACUCGAGCACAUCUUUUCGUCCAAAAACAUCACAAAGAUCUCUUUCGAGGGAUGAACUUGCAAGAACAAUGUGUGGUCACUGAUUACUUCAAUCAAUUCUGGCAACACUCUUUCGUUACAGCCAAGAAUUGGGGUCACGGGCCGAGAACUUGGGAUGCGUCAACUCUCAAGUUCAAUCAAUUCUCUCAGCGAAAUAUCGACAGCCUUCCUGGCACUCCGGCCAUGAAUACUGAUACCCUCAGGCACUCUCACCACCAGAGUCCGAAGCAACACCACUCACUUGGGGAUCAUGUUCCAAGCCCAAGCGAUCUAUGUCGCUGGAGCAUUCAUGUGCUUGAGAUGGAAUAUGAUCCCAUCCACUCGCCUGAACCGGCGGAAGAGCAAGUAGUCCCAGACCCAGAUAAUAAGGACACAUGGAGAUCUUGGCAGAACCCUGGAAGCAUUCAAGACUUCGCAGAAACCUUGGAGAAAUCCCUGGAAGGUAACAAGUUUAGCACCAUCGAAGUCAAAGAACUUCCAAUAUCGAUCGGCCAGAUCAUUCGAGCUGCGAAACGGUCCCCGGAACAAUUGUUGGAGGAAGCAUUUGGAUUCAGUAUCAUGGCACGAAACAUAGAUCUGGUUUCUCAAAUGGGAGAGCAUCUACACGACAACCGCGACUUAUCAUUCCAUGAUCUAUAUCCUCUUCAUCUGGCUGCUAGCUAUCUGGAUGGGACGAAGACCUGUUGCUUGAUUUUCCACGAACUCGUACACUCGAUGGUGACUGGCGAAGCAUCUGUUCGGAAGCUAUACACGAACCAUCUCAACCACACAGUGCUCGACAAUCUAAUGCUCACUAUUCUCAAGGCCCACACAUUCUGCCCUCCUGUGAUGGUCGAUGAUGCCUUCAAGAAAGAGCAUCGAUUCGCAGGAGAAGAAGUGGACAUCUGUGGAAGAUGGGAUGCCGAUUCGGACUGCAUCCGUCACCUUCAGGCAAGUGGCAGUCCCACAAUACCUCGAAGUUGGAAGCAUAUGUUCUGUCACACUUCUGCUCAAACUAUAACCCACUGUGUUGGCACUCUUUUCUAUCCUCAUUGGAAGCCCGACAUUAAUACGCCUAGCGGUCUCUUUCUCAAGCGUUGUCCGAAUGAAACUUGCGGCAUGAAGCUCCAACUGAAGCCCCUCCAUACUCUUGUUGUCACAGCAGUCUAUCUCGCACAGUUUGGGACUGACGGAGAGAAUCUUUUCGGAAUAGUAGCAAGCCUACUCAGUCUCCUGAGAUUCGGCGCAAAUCCACUUCUGAAAGCUGAUAUUUCGCCCAUCGCAUUGCUAGGUAGCGAUACGGGCCUAGAAUGUACACAUUCGGAGCUCGAUCCUUUUGAGCUUGCACAGCGCGUUCCACAAGAGCUUAUUUCACAAUGGCCACAAGGGAGAGUUGUCGGCUGGAAGAUAUUCUGCCAUGUGCUUCGUUUGUCGCAGAAUGAUUGGGACCCUCCAGCUGUCCCCGGACCUGCCGCCGAUACUUUGAGAGAUGAUCUGCGAGAUAUCUACGCUUUCGUUGAAGAUGAGGACGAUGAAGUGAUAAUGCGAAGCUUCGAUGAUCGCGAAGUCAACAGCGAAACCCAAAACACUGAUGUCACAGAUGAUUUGGAUGAUGGAGAGGAAUUCCCUCUGUACUGCCCGGAACAUGAAAUCGACAGCUACUUCGGCAAGAACAAGACACUGAUCACAUUGUGGGCAGCAGUCCAAACUGAGCUCCUGACCUACAGAAGACUUGCAGCAGGCGAUCCAUGGGUUUCAGCUAAUUUUGAUAUGCUUUCUGUCCUUAAAAGCUUAGAGACGGGUGCCGAGCUCUCCAUUAAGCUCGUUUCCAAGCAAAUGAUGAAGCCAGCCUGUUUUUGUGGCACGUUUGCUGAGCAGAACCAUUCUGUAUGCUUGCAGGAGGAAGCUUGCGCACAUUACUUUUCAAACCUUGAGGAUUGGAGCCGAUCAAGCUUCAUAGAGAUCCCCGAAUAGCUUGUCAGUUUUACCUGAACUGCCCCUCAAGUUCAAUAUGGUUCACUUAUAGGAGUGAAAAAUGGAAAUGAAAUUGCUUGUUCGCG